GUUGAACCCGCGUCUUAGAGCUGUGCAUUAAUGAAGAACAGAAAAUCUUACCACAUUUUGAAUCUGACAUCCUAAAGCUCUACCGUCAUUGUCCUUUACAACUAAAAAGUUAAAAAAAAAAAAAAAAAAAAAAAAAGAACAAGAAACGACGCUCGCCUUGAUUUGUUCCCUGAUUUGCAAAGAAUCAGAAUGGCAUUUAUUGCCAAGCAGUUUUUACACACACAAGGAAUUUGCCGUGAUGUUUUGGUGCCAAAACAAAGAACACAGAUCUACAGGAGGAACGAAAAUAUAACCCAGAACAAAUGCUUUACACAUUACUAACAUGGAGCCUUGAACAGAAAAAAGUAUAAUUCUAAAAUAAAAUACAAUGCUGUAUUUAUAAAACCUGAAAAUACUAUGCAGAAAACAUGUAAUGGAAAACUGUGCAUUUUUGCAGGAAGGACAAACAAAAGUCUGAAUCUCAGUCUCUGAGACACAUGGCUUUUAUUUUGUGAAAUUUAAAACCUACAUUCCUUCCCUUCUUCAGCCAACUGUUUGAUAACAAAAUAAUUUCCUUUUAUUUGUUUAUCUUUCAGAGGUAAAAUUACUGUGACUUAUUUGAGUUACAUACAUAUAAAGAACACAUUUCAAGGAAAAAUUCACUGUGGAAAACCAACAAAAAGUGAGGCAAACCUUCACUGAUCAAAAAUAUACAAGUUGAUCAAGAAACUGAAAUAAAAGUUAUAGAACAUAAGUAUCAGAAAAUAAAGAUUGUACCAGAGUGAGUAAAAUAAUAUAAAAUCCUAAUCCAAAAACACUAAACCUGCAACCUAAAAAAUUACACCAAAAAUUAUUUUUUUUUUUUUAAAUAUUCCAGAGCUGAAUCAAAACAAUGUUUAAACUGAAAAAGAAUUUUAUAUACUUUUUAUUUGACGACUGAUUUAUUUUUCAUUUUUAGAUCAAACCUUAAAUUCUCAGGUUUUAUGUGUUUUUUUUUUUUUUUUUUUUUUUUUCUUAAGUAACUAACCUUUUGGCCUGGAUUUAGCUUAAUAGCAGUUGGCGUUAAAAGUAAAAAAAUUAAAUAAAACAAAACCCUAAUCCAAAAACAUUAAACCUGCGACUUAAAAAAUUACACUAAAAUUUAAAAAAAUUAAAUCGGAAAAAUAAAAAAAGACUGUAUCUAAAAAAUCCCAGAGCUGAAUCAAAACAAUGUUUAAACUGAAAAAGACUUUCAUGCACUUUUAAUUUUGACGACUGAUUUAUUUUUCAUUUUCAGAUCAAACUUUUAAUUCUUAGUUUUUUUUUUUUCUUAAUUAACAAACCGUUUGGCCUGGAUUUGGCUCCAUAGCAGUUGGCGUUAAAAAAAAAAAGUCUUUUGGAGCAAUUUUGUGAGGCAGGUUUCUUUCACCAAUGGACUACUCUGUUUAAAGUGGUAUAUAGUUAGGCAAUAGGAAUGAAAAGACAAAAUUACAGCAGACGAUGGCAAUGACCUCACCAUUUUGAACUGCCGCGCGGAUGUCAGUUUCUCACCGUUACUUUUCCACCUGCUUAUUCAGUACACCGAGUGGCAGCAGCUGUUAAAGUCUCAUUUGGUUGACUAUCCAAAGGGUGAGUCCCAUUAUUUUCGCUAUAUUUUGAUGGUGCCUGGUUACGGGAAGGUCCAAACGACCGUUUUCAUCGUAGUCAGCCGCUCAAAGUCUAAAUUUUGUUCCAUACUAUUAUCCGUGCUCACAAAGUUGGCCAUAUGCAAUCUCACUAGCUACAGUUAGGACAAGCUAGCUUCCACAGUCGUCGCCAUGUUUCUGCUGCGCAAAACCACGACCGUGCUUGACAAAGCUAACGAUAACGCACUUUGAGAACUCUUAACAUUUAAGAACAACACGUUUUUAUCUGUAACUGCUAUUUAUCUGUAAGUGCAACUUAUUGUUUUAUUAGGGUGGCCGUAUAUUCUGACUUCACAUAAAGAGGACACGGCUAGCGAGAACGGAGUCAUGGUGUCGCACGAAGGUAAUUUUGAGAGUUUUCGGGUCGGAUCAUUGUCUUUUUCGCGCUUCUAACUCAGUUAGUCCACAUGACACAAAAUCAAAACUCUCAUACAAAGCUGCGGAAAUUUUAAGUAUUUUAUAAAUUUCCCCGGACAGCCCCCCAAAAAGCGAACAUGUCCGGGUAAAAAAGGACAUAGCCACCUAACCGACGUGGCUGCUGUAGCUUUCGCUAACGCUAGCUACGAACUUGAAGCAAUGAUGAGCACACUGAUAUCGCUGACCUAGUAAGCUGUUGAGUGAAAAGUUAAUUUUAACAAUUGUCGCGUUUGUUCUAAUAAAACAAAGAAGAGGUGUCCAUAAUAUUUAAGGAAAAUUGUAAUAUAAGAAAAUGUUGCUGUUAUUUGUUAUACAUCUUGAGGCAGGCCAAAGCUGACUGAAAUUUAGGAAAUGGCACACAGAUUACAGCUAGGUUAGGUCUUAAGGAACAAUUGACCAGAUAAAUAAGACACAAAUGGCACUAAUACUAACUAAAGUCUUCUAAGGUGAGUCAUGACUGAAAAAUGAAUGAUUUUAGGAACAAAGACUCAGUAUGGGAAACAUUUCCAGUUAACUGGAGGAGUUGUCUUGAUAAAACAACCUUGCCUUUUUAAAGCCUUCUUUUUUGCUUAGUAUAGUUAGACUCUAAGCAAAUCCUUUCUGUUGUUGUUUGCUGCCAUUUGAUAAACUACCUGAAAUCAGAUCCUCAGAACAGCAGCUACAAGUGGCAUUCAUGAAGUUGUUUCUUGUUCGAUUAUAAUCUCAAAGUAUGGAAACAAAAAAAGUUUGUAAUUUAAUCUAAUCACUAUAUACUAUGAAUAUAGAUCUGCUUGAGUCUGAAUAACUGCUGUUUUGUUGACAACUCAUAUACGAAAACACGAAUAGCUUUUUACUGACAUUUUCCUUUAUUUUUUCCAGCAAAUAUGGAUAAGAAAGACGAGCAGAGGAGCACACUCAGUGGGCUCAAUUCAGUAACAUGUGGAGUCUUGAAACCUCUGUCUAAGUAUGCAAGGAAGGUCGCAUGUGAGCAACACACAAGUCUGCAUCAAGCAGCCAAGCUUUCCCCUCCAUUUGUUGAUUUUAAGAUGAAUGAGCUGAAAUUGGAUGAUUUUAUUUCUGAUGACAGUUAUGAGACUCCAGUAAGAAAAGCCUAUAGUCCAAAUGUUUUUUCUCCAGACCAUGGAUGUGUUUUGGACUUUUCCACCCCCUCUGAAGGACAGCAAGAAUGUGGGCUUGAGCCACACAGCUUGAAGUGUAAGGAAGUCCUCUUAAAUCCUUCACCUGACCUUGACAGUGAUGUUGAUAACAUGUUCUGCCUCAGUCCCCGUGGUUUUCCCACUGUUGGACUAAUUUUAAACACCCUUGAGAGCGACAAAGUUCCCAGUGGACGCACAGUAAGUCCCCCUGUUGCACACAUACGAAAAAAGGCAAAAGGAUAUUGUCAAGAGGCUGAAGAACGAGAAGAGCAGACCAAAAAGAUGUUUCUAGAUGCAAAUGAUGGAGGACAAGAAGAUAAGGGUUAUUCUUCUGAGUCCUACAUGAAGAUCUUUGAAUUGGCGAAGAUCCUCUCUCAGCCAGUGAACCCUUCGUUGACCCCCAAGUUGCCAGAAGAUGAGAGCCAGCCAGCAAGUCGAACCAGACCAGGUUAUCAAAAACCAGCCGAUGUGUCCUUCACAUGUAAUGAUUUAUAUCCCAUUAUUAGUGGACCACAGCUGGAACCCACAAACUGUCCUCAAGAGCCUUUAGACAAUGAUAUUGAAGAGGAGUGGAAUAUAGGUCUACCCAUAUUCGAGUCAUCUAUAUGUCCAAAAAGCUCUGUGAUUUUGGAUGAUAGUCAUGAGCAGGUGUCAGAAGAGCUGAAGGGAAACGUGGAAGAAUCGAUCCAGGAGGGUCAGUCCACGCUUGACUGGGAAGAAACUGUAUUACCCCCUGUGAAGGUAGGCUUUGUAUUUUUAUUUUUUUACCUUGAACAGAAGUGUGCACUGUGUAGUAUAAUAUUAGUAAAUUCUGGUCCUCUGAACCUUUGUGCCCCUUCAAGGUAAAAUCAGUUGUUGUUGCCAUCAAUCAUCCCACUACCAACAGCAAUCAAUCAUCCUGUCCUCAGCAAAGCCAAACCAGGAGCAGAGGUUUUCAGUCUGGAGGACUCAUCAACCGUGAUACAAAUCCAAGGUACAGUAAUGAUCCCUUUGCCCUCUAGGGGGAGUACAAUGACCAUAAUAAAGACUGGAAGUUUCUACCAUGGCCCUGGUGUUGGAAGGGAAGCACAGCCUAUCCCUAAUAAUGCUCUCAUAUUACUUGUCUGCUGUUUUCAUGAUCAGUAUGCGCUUCAUGUUUUGUAUUCCCAGAGGUUGUUGAUAAGAUUGUUUUUUUUUUGUUGUUUUUGCUUGAAUAAAUGGUUAAAAUAGUUAAUCUAGAGGUAUUUUCAUUUUUAGAUCAGUGAUCUUUGACAACAAGGCUGACCUGGAGAGCAGAAAACGGGCGUAUGUCCGAUCGGUCACAAAACAUAUGAAUGAGAGACCCUCAGCAGAUCCAGGUAUGACCCUUAAAUCUAUUAGAAAACACUAGAAGAAGAAGAAGUAGCAUAGAACAGCUGAGCAUUUUCAUCACAUUGCCUCCUAGAUGCACCACAUUCAUCAGGUUUUAUUUACCUUUGUUACUUUUUAUGUUCAUGUUUGACAGAAUGAAUAAGAUUGUAUUUUUCCAAUGUGAUUUUUUUUUCUUGAUGUGGUUUACAGGCCAAGUUUUCCCACUUAGAAGGAACUAGUUUCUUUCUCUUCGUUCUAUAAACCACCUGUCAAAUGAUCAAUGUUUUUGCGUUCUUUGUCAUCUAAUCUGGAUAAAAAAAAAUUCCCGUUUGUGUGAAGAUGCAGUGAGUGAGCUGCAGAACCUAAUGACCCACGUGACGGAUCAGACCUCAGGCACUAAUGAAGGACAGUGGCAGCAUCCCUCAGAUCUCACUCAGAGGUACAGCAUUUUCUCUGCUUUCUGAGCACAAAAUCUGUGACCCUGUAUCUACUUAUCUACCAGCUUAUCCUUGGAUGCUAGGGCUUGUACAGACUCAAGUUCUUUGUCUGCUUUAAAAAUGAAAUGAGUAAAAACAUCAAACACUUUUUUGUUUUCAUGAGCUCUCCUAAGCUACCUGGGAAAGGAUGUGGUUCAAAAACCGUCUUUUUCAAUAAACGCUCCAAGAUUAAUGUGUUUUAUGGCGGUGACUGACAGUGGAACUUUUAAAAAAGGAUUAAAAACAAUGUGGCUUUCUUGAUGUUUUUCUGUUUUACAAAAUGUCAGUUUACGUACCCUGUAUCAGAGCUGGUAAUUGGUAGAAAAUUGAUUGAAGUUAGUUUAUGGAGAGAAGAAAUUCCAAAUUUCUAUUGAGAAAAAAAAUUGGAAUACAAACGAUCCUAAUGUGUGCCUCCGACCCUGUGCUUACUUGCAGAAACUACAAAAAACGCUUUGGAAAUGAAAAGCCAAAAAUGACGCUUGAUGAAUGGCAGGCACAGAAUGAUGCAACCUACAAGCGCUUCAGCGGGAUCCCCAAAAUCUUCAAAAGGAUUCCAUAUCCUUAGAAAUAGUCUUUUAGACAGUCGUCUGGUAUGAAGAGCACUUGUGUCACAGAGAUUUAACAACCUGGAUUGUGACAAAAUCUGAAGCUAUACACAAAGAGUUCUUGUUUUAGUGGUUCCACCAAAGUUGUAUUUCUAUUUUUGUGUUAUUGUGUUUUGUUUGUUGUUUAAUAUUUCUUCAUACUUCUAUCCAUAUUUCUGCAUGUUUUAAGUAUUGCAUGCUUUACGUGUUUUGAUGUUUUGAAAACAAUGCACUAGAGUGUUUUACCAGCUUGCCUUUUUAAUGUAUUUGUAUUAACCUGCACUGACAUGUUUGUAUCUGCUGUAUCUCUGUCAGCUUUAUUCUGAGUGUACUAAGCAGCAUCUGAGUGCUGUGUAAAGUAUGACAGAAGUGAACCCGGGCAGUCAAAGUACAGAGAAGCAACAGAGAAACUUAGUAACAUGGGACCCAUCUCUUAAAUAAUGCACUCUGGGGAAAGUAGUCCUGUCUGUACGCAGUAGGUCGAGCUGGUUAGCCAUCCAGAAGACAGCUGUGUUGUGUCAGUGAAGUCCUACUGUCACAUGCUGGGCAGGCUGCAGGGUUCAUGUGUAGCCAAGCAACCGUAGCACCUCUUUUCACCUUCAAACAAUAUUUUCCCCCUCUGCAACCAAGAGCACAGAUAAAGGUCUGUAUGUUUAUCUGGUUUGCUUUACAGUUCCCCAUCAAGAAUGAAAGACUGCAAAGACCAUGCAUGUCAGCAGAGGAGUCCCUGAGCCAAUAGUUGGUCUUGUAUUGUUGCCCUUUAGUGAUAUCACAAGUCUCGUUCAUUUCUGCAUUUUCACAUAUUCAGGCCCUUAUAUUGAUGGAUUGACAGUGAAUGUAUCCUGAAACCAAAUUGCUGUGUUUGUUUUUAGCCAUGUAUAUUACUCAGUAUCGCAGCAGUAUUACCAAAGUGUUCACAUUCUGAAGUUCAGUCCCGUUGGAUGCAUACACAUGUUGUUCACUGUCGAGCACCCAUGGGCCCAGUUCUGUUCAGUUUCUUUUUCUGUAAGGUUCAGACAGAGUCAUAUGUUUGACAUGUUGCCAUUUGAUGUGAAUGUCCCAAAUUAAGAUAAAACAUUUUUUGUGGAAAAUAUGUUGUUUUUAUUUUAUUUAAGCAUACACAAGUAAGCAUAUACACUAUAUCCUUCAAUAUUGAAGUUGUGUAACCUUGUGCAUAAUAGAUAAACCAUGCUAGCCCUCAUAUAGCAAUGACUGCAGUACACAUCAUACAAGGAAUAUAAACAUGAUAGCAUUAAUAAAGCAGUUUAUUUUCUAAACCAUGCUUAUUCAUCUCAUUUCUAUUCCGUAUUUCAAGAAUCCAUAAUGAAGGAGGCCAACAUCUGCUAUAUCCAAUUUGAAUUCAACAAAUGUCAUUCAAACUAAAUAAUGUGCAAGUUGAUUUGGAAAUACAUUUUCUUCAGAGACUGAAAAAGAUCCUCGGUGUAAUGAAAAGAGUGGUUUUCCAUCACAGGGUUCAGUGGAAUGUUAAGUUCAUACAGUCAUUACCAUUAGUUAAAUAAUAACAGUUUUUUGUCUUUGACAGAUGUCUCUGUAAUCAUCUUAUAAGCCUUUGUAACCAGCAGAUGUCUUCAGAGUUGUGAACAACAUAUAUCCAGGGGAUCAGCUGACUUCUUAAACAGAAGGACUAACUGGUGAUAUGUCUAAUUGGCAUCUAUAACGGACUGGGAAAGCUCUGCUGUACUUUGAUGUAGGGAUAAAAAGACACCCAGAUGUGUCCCAUUAUUUUUCCAACACAUAAUACCUCUGUGAUAUUUUUGUGUCAAACCCACUUUAAUGUUUAGAUUAUUUUAUGGUAGUCCACUGCCAACUGAGGCUGCUGAAUUAUGUCUAUGCAAAAGAGCCCAUUUCAAUACACAGCUCAUAUGCAGGCCCUAUUAAUUAAGAAUAGUUUGACCAUUGGAAAUAAUAUUUUGUACCAAGAGUUGGAAGAAUAGCUGAGUAUUUCUCUCUUCAUUUGCCUUCUCUAACUGGCUUCUCAGUGUCAAGGGUUACAGUGGUGAACAACUGGUGUGGUUCUGGCUCUAGUCUUUAUCCUUAUUGGCCGAAAUCUGCUGUCUGUAGCUUCAUGUUGAAUAUGCAUACACAAGAGUGGCAUGUACCUAGCUUGAACCUACUUUGAAUCUCCUGUAUUUUCCAAAAAUGUCAAAGUAGACCACUAUCAAAGUGGAUGUUAACGAUGUUAGCCCUGCAUUUGAACCAGUAAUGAGGGAUACAAUAUUUACAGAGAGAAGACUGAGGACUGAACCAUCAUUUGGAGGUGAUUAUAUAAUACAUUUCAAAUGUGCUCUAUUCAAUUGGACUUCUUACAGCUUUAAAAAUAGACCUCAUGCUUCUGGCUCAUUCAAGCAACUGGAAAGAAUGAAACUAAAUCAUUCAAAACAAGAAAGUGGCUAAUGGCUGGUGGGAACACGGCUUGAGCAAUCUACUGUUGGAGAAAUAGGACAUGACCCCAGUUUGGACAGAUCAUCCAGGGACACAAUCCAUCUGAUCUUUCACUGAGUGGAUCAAUUAGAGCACUAGCUUCUGCAGUCCGGGACUUAUGUGGCACCACGGACAGAAAAAAUGAUUCAGUCUCAAAACUUUUUGAUGAAGUGCAAAGAGCAGUCUCAUCAAGGUUGCCCUUGCCACCACAUUUCACAUUAACCAAAGGUCAGAGGCCUCUGAUCAUUUCUUUCCUUUUCUCCAGCUACUUAUUUUUAACCUUCGACAUAAAUCAGCACUUUUCAGAGGACUGCAUUUUGAUCUUGUAUUUUAAUUAUCUUAAUUUCCCAUGGCCGUACAGAAAAGGGGAAGGUGGCCUACCUUUGCAUAAGUCAUCAUUUAUUUGUGAGAUUAAUUCCUCUCAUAGCUACCAUAGCUUCAUUUUGCCCCCACAUGUCUGAGUUCACAAUAAUUGAGUGGCCAGUGUAUCUCUAGACUGAGAUGACGACCAUCUAGCAUGCAAAUAGCUGAUGGCGUUAUCAUUCUGUCAGUACAGGCUUUAAGAGGCUGAACAGCCUUUAAAACCAUUACGCUCAAGCUAAAUAGUUAACACUCCUCAUCGUAUUCUCAUCACAGUCUUUUCAGUUGGCACAUAAAUAGCACAAUGACAGAAGGUAAUAGAAAUACAUAUCUGUAGACAAGUGCUAUGAACAAGCUCAUUAAUGACAGGACUAAGUGUAUUAAACACACAAAAAACACAUACAUUUCACCAGUAGCUGUGACCCUUUUACAUGAGGAGUCUUAACAUUGUUCAAAGUAGUUUUGUCACAAAAGGUACCAAAGUGACACCAUCCAACAAGAAUGAAAUACAAAAUGUAUAUACACAUCAAAUACCCAUCUCUUCCUUGGUUUCAGAAUAUCCCAGCUUGGUUUACAUUUUCACCGAUUGUAUAAGUAUUUUUAAACUUUGCACAUAUUUUAUUUGAAAGCCAAUCAAUAUGCUCAAAUGUCAGAUAUGGGGCUUGCCAUCUUUAAUAAUUAAUGAUUACUUUUUAAGGCAGCACUAAUGAGUCUGAAGCAGCCCCCAGAUACAUCAUUUUCUAUUUGAAAGGAAGUUCCUUUACCAUAUGCAGUGCACAUUACCAUAUGGUGACAGCUGAUAUCUAAUGAUUUCGUCAACAAAGAAUUUCAAAACUAUUAUUUUCUUAGACUUCUGAAUAAGUCUUGAUAGAAGCCCUUCUAUUAAGGAUGUCAUGUGUCAGGGUUGAAGGUUGGGCACAUAUUCUUUAUAAUCCCACGCUUUCCAUUAAAAACAUUUUGAAGACAGCACUGAAAAGACUUCUCUGUGAAAGUUCAGGGAAACACAUGUCUGCAAAUGAAGCUCAGGAUUUCCCCUUGGCUGAUAGGCAGAUGGAGCAUCUGUCAGACAAUUGCAUGCUGAGGCAUUAUGUUUUUGACAGAGGUUACAGAAUUUGAGUCCUUCCUUACGUGUUUCUUGAAGGCUGUUAUUGCUGAUACAAGGGAUCUUAUCAGUGUCUCUCCAGUGACUUUUCCACGGAGUCCAGCCCCUUAAAAGUCCAUCAGGUGAAUGUGCUCAGUAAUGAUAUUCCUUUCAUCCCUAGAGUCCUUUAAAUUCAUUGCCUCUGAAGUGAAAGACACAAGGAAAUACUUAGGUGUUCUGAAUGUUGGAAUGUUACAUUUUGGAAAUCUACAAUAAAACUAUGAAAAACUGACAGGAUAAACUCAAACAUGAGCAAGAUGUUACCAAGUCUGGCUUGUUUAAGACUACACUAUGUUUGUGUUUAGAUUAGAGAUGCAUCUCUAAAUGAGUGAGCUAGUUUCACUUUUGCAGACAAGUUCAGUGAUUCAGAGCUGAGUGAUCCCUUUACAAGUGCUCUGGCUUGUUGCAGCACCUCUGAGGACUGGCUCCCAAAUUAGCCCGGUGGGCUCUGGAUUCCCUGAGGUGGGGGAAACAGGCUUGCCAAAAACAGCCCUCAGGACUCCAGAGUUUAAAUCUUCUAGGGGAUUUAAACCAAAAAUAAAUAAGUAGAAAGUGGAACACUGUUCAGAUGCACCUUUUCCAGAAUCGUUUAAGUAUAACCAGAGAUACACAUGACGUUUCUGUUUAUUUGAAAGAAGAAUAAAAAAAAUGUAAUGUUCUUAAAAAAAAACCUUAAGCUGAGAUUUAAGUACAGUGUACAAGAAGAGAUGAUUGUAGAUUCUCUAGUUUGCUGUUGUUUGAAAACACAAGGGGAUAGAAGUGACUGAGGAAGACCGAGAGUUUGAAUUGGUCUUUGAUUCUGUAAUUUGGUUUUGGCCCUUUAGGAUCGGUUCAUUUCCACUUUCUCCACUUUUGUACUAUAUUGUCUGUCCUAUGCCAAGGUAAGAUGUUGAGCACUUUUACAGCCACAAACCAUCCACCUAAAACUCUGCUCUCAGACCAGCACCAGCCAUGUUGCGUCCAAAUAUCUGGAGUCCUGCAGCUCCACCUCUGCACCAGACUUAAGGGGCACAAGCUCUGCCGAGGAGCCCAGAAUCCCAGCCUUAUCCCAAUGACAGAUGGGCUUGGAAGGGGCUGAUUUGUGAGAACACAAAGUCUUUCAGAUAAAGAGAGGAGCUCCUGAAUCCACAUCUCUAUGAUGUCCACAGAUGGCGUUCUAUUGUUGUUGUUGCUCUUGGGGAUCUGCAGGAGUAGAGAGGUAGAUGACAGGUAUGAUGAGGUUGUUGGAUCAAGAAAUCAUUCACAAAAGACCCUUUAAUGAGGAUGCCUCUGUUUUAAUGUUGAGGGACAUAAAUAGCAAGAGAGAAGGGAAUGAUGCUGUUCUGUGCUUGAAUAAAACAGAACUAGAAGCCAGGACUUGUGUUGUGCUAAUGAAAAGUUGGUAAGUCAUGUUUACUGCUCAAAAAAUAAAGGAAACACUUCAUUAUCACAGUGCAACAUCAAGUCAGUCACACUGCUGGGAUAUCGGCCCGUCCAGUUAUGAAGCAAUAAUGAUUGUGAAUCAGUUUCACUUGCUGUUGUGCAAAUGGGACAGACAACAAGUGGAUAGGAGAGGCAAUUAGCAAGACGACCCCUAAUAAUUUAUAAUUUAUUUUCCUAGUGUCCUCAUCACUAGUGGUAGCAUGAGGCAGUAUCUUCAGUCCACAUAGUUUGCUCCGGUGGUACAGCUUUUCUAGGAUGGCACAUCUAUAUGCCUACUGACCAGAAGGUUUGCUUUGCCUCUCGGCAUGGUGUCAAAAGUGUGAAGGAGAUACCAGGAGACAGGCCAGUACACCAGGAGAUGUGGAGGGCAACUGCCAGCAGCAGGACUACUAUCUGCUCCUUUAUGAAGGAGUAACAGAAGGAGUACUGCCUGAGACCCACAAGAUGACCUCUAGCAAGCAAGGAGCCUGGCGUCCACUGUCACACGGAGCACAUGUGAUGGACCUAAAGGAGUCUGGAGAGGCUGUGGAGAAUGUUCUGCUGUCUGCAACAUCCUCCAGCAUGACUGGUUUAGUGGUGGGUCAGUGAUGUUCUGGGGAGGUAUAUCCUUGGAGGGCCACACAGACCUCCACAUGCUAGCUAGGGGAGAUGAGAAUAAGAACCUCAGACCCAUUGUCAGACCAUAUGGUGGGCCCUUGGGGUUCUUUUAGGUGCAUGGAAGUGUCCAGCUUCAUGUGGUUGGAGUGUGUCAGCUCUUUCUGGAUGAUGAAGGUACUGAUGAUAUCAACUUUCCCUCCUGUUCCCUAGACCUAAAUCCAAUCCAGCACCUCUGGAAGUUCAUGUAUCAUUGAAUACAAGGUUGGCCCAGUAUGCAACUAAUUCUCUGGUCCCUGCUGGAAGGAGAUCCCCUUGGAGGGCAUUCAUCGCCUUAUCAGGAGCAUGCCCAGAUGUUGAGGUGAAGAUGAAGAUGCCCAGAUUUUUUUCAGAGUGCCUACAGGCAUAUGGAGGCCUUACACUCUACUGAGCCACAGUAUGAAUUGUCAAGUUAGAUCAGCCUGCGAUUUCAUUUUCCCACUUUGAUUUUGAAUCCAGUCUUCAAUGGGUUAAUGAUUUUAGUUUGAUUAAUUGUUUCUAUGUAAUUUGCUCUGAAAAAAAAAUCACACUGUGUAACCAACAAAGAUUUUUAACUUUAGUAUUUCAUUCAUUAAGAUUUGUGUGGUUGUAGUGUUCCCUUUAUUUUUGAGCAGUUUGUGUUGAAUCCGAGUUUGUUGAAGCCUUGGAGGUUAACUCCAGAUGAUACAAUGACAUGGUAUUACUGGUACUGGGAGUGUCAGUGGAAAAGAUCUAUAAGUGAGUGGGAUCAUUCACCUGCCCGGCGCUGUGGAGAGGGAGGCACCCAGGGAAUGCAAAUGGUUGGGCUAUACCUUACUGCGCAACAGCCCCCCUGUUGGAUGUUCAGGGGUACUGCACUCAGAGGAGUUUUUGGCUUUGUCCUUGUUGUUGUUGGGCUCGUUGUCUUUGAUAAUGUCAUACUGGCGACAGAAGAGAGCAAUCACGCCUAGGAGAAGAGUUACAAUCGAUUUACUGGUCAUCCUGGAAACACAAAUACUGUACAUGCUCCUACUCUUGAAGACAACUGCGUGUUUUCUGUUCUGUUUUUAGCUGACACCAGAUUAACACAGAAAUAAUGUUUGAUUUGCUGUCAUCCUGGCAAAACCAUGUUUAGCCUCACCUGCCCACAUUAUGAGUACUACCACAAUAAUGAUGAGUUCCCCUGCCCUCAGCUGUGUGGACUGGCCCACUUCCUCCAUUGUCACUUCAUCUGAAAGAGUCAAGAUACAAGCUUUUUAAAUUCUGUGAUCAUCAAUAUGUAUGCAACAUGUUUCAUGAUUAAAGGUGGGGUAGACAGGAAUCCGUUCAAGAAGCAUCUUUUUUGUGGUGUGUACACAAAAAAGCUUUAAAUAUCAGUCAAUAGCUAUUAGUUAUUGAUGACAUUUGGUAAUUUAAUGAUAUCACUGUGUUUUGUUAUGUCUGUGUAGUCAACAAUUUAAAUUUUUUGAGCGGCCCGCUCUUUCUGACUGUAAACAAAGCCAGUCAAAUUUGUCACUGCAGAAGUGAACAUCAUAGAACUGUCAACAAAAUGAAAAAUUGAGACAUGUCAGCCUCUGUUGCUUUAAAUUCUUAAUUUUACACCAACCUAAAAACCUCUGCUCAGAAGGACUCUCCUGCGGUUUCACUUCCGCUUAUUAGUCCUUCAACCCAUUCAAACGUGCACUGGUGUCCAUGCUAAUACAAGUAAAAUGGUGUUAAAACAGUGCCUCCAUUUGUUUGAGAUCUUAAGUCCCCUCAUGAUGUCACAGAGACACUCACUGAACAGCGUUUUUAACAGAAAAAGUCACUUUGUUAUAGUUGUGAUAUCUACAAACAUCACACAGCAUAAGCAAAUAAUAAUGACAGAUGUUAACUUUUGAGAUUUCAGUUUGCUUUUAGUGCUUUACAGCGCAUGGGGCUGUUCCCAAAAAGAGUUAAACACUAAAACACACAAUUCAUACAUGUAAUUGCUGGAUUUAUUUAGAUUUUUCCGCAGUGAAAGGUAAAAUAAUCCUUUAGAGAGUGGUAAAAUGAUUAACACUAUAUAAUCCAUCUAUCCAUUAACCAGUCAACUCAAACAUAUUAUUCUAAAAUACAAGAGGCUUACGUUUGAUCAAGCAUAGACUGCAAAGGAAUAAUUCCUAAAACUUGCUUCUUUGCUUCCUUGCAGAGUAAAUCGAGAAGAAUGAUGCUGCUCAUAUUUCUGAGCAAAAGUUUUUUAGCAGUUGAUGUAGCUCAGCUUAGAGAGUGAAAGCAGAUGGAGAGCCAGUCUGGGUUUGUUUAAGGGCAACAAAUUCCACUGUCUUCUAACUAAUUAACAUAUUUCAUUAGUUUUUUAUAUUUUCAUCCUUCAGUCUGAGGAGAAAUGGAUGGGACUGAGCUUUAGCCAACACGUUGCAGCUUUGACUGUGUGCCUGAUAAACACCUUUACAGGCUGGAUGCAUGCAAGGAGAGGCCUGCUGAGGCAUGCCAAAACACACUAAAGUAUACAUCCAUUUGGACAUUUUGUCCCCGAACUGUGGCAAGCCGGAGGAGAACUGUGUUGAGAAAUUUCAUAUCACACUUUGUGUGUCUGUUUAAUGUAAUUGGUUUUUGAACAAAAUCACUAAUGAUAAGGUUAAUAAGCAACUUUCUGUCUUGAAAGGCUCAAAAUAAAGUGUGAAAAUGUUCCUUUUUUAAACGCUGAGUCUGGUUAUGUUCAUUGACUGAAAACAUGUUUAUAUUGUGAUUUUUGUCUUUUUGAGACUCAAAAACUACCUUUACUUUUAGAGGCUUGAGUCUCUGCCUCCUUUGGCGUUCGAAAGCGCAGGGGUUCGCUCAGUGGACUCGUUCCAGACAUGCUGAUAGAUUGGACAUGCACGAUGUAGUCUGUUUCUUCCUCCAGGUCCCACAGUGCACAAGACCGUGUGGUGGUAUUGACCUCCUGGAUGAAGCGUAACAUGCGCACAUCUUUCUUCUGUUGGAGAAUGACAAAGGAGAGAAAAGUCAUUGUUUACAUUAGGAAGACAGAUGUGAUAUGGUUUGACAUAAAAUAAAUAAAUAUAUUAAUAAACUGGAUCUAAAGUUGCAUCAUUGACUAAAUUUGUUCCCAUAUAAAUGGAUUGUGGCUGUGGUUUCUCUAUAUGUUCCUGGAUCAAUUGAGAGGAAUGCACAAACCGAGAAGAAGCAAGCAGCAUUGACAACAAAGUUUAACAAUGAAAGAUAAAAAGGAAUACACAUUAAAGGGCAGAUGAAAAAGUCACCUUGAAGUAUAUGUAUUCAGAGAAUGUCUCAGUAGAAGUAUACAAUAUAGAAGGAGAGUUUUAUAAAUAAAGUAGAAGUCUGAAUGUUUAAACACAGACAGAUACACAAGUAACAAAACCUGAACCAAACUCUCAGAAAUGAAAGGGAUGUUCAAACGAAAAACACAAAACACUGGAGACCUAAAAAGCACAGCGUCUACAGUCUGAUCCGAAACAAAAACAAAUAAAUCUUUAUACAAGAUUUAUGAUCUUAUGAUCUCUGAGGAAGAAACAAUGAGUCAGUGCUCUGCCCUGGAGGUCAAGGACUUAGAGUAUAUCACUUUCACACACCUGGUCUCACACAAGCCAAUCAGACACUCACACACUGAUUCUGCUCAGAGAUGAGUCCCUCUUUAACUCAAGGGAAGACCAGAGGGAACUGUCCAUCACACAAACACUGUUAUUUUCUUAGCAUUGUUACAGAUCACACGUGUGCAGAAACAAACCACUAUUAAAGCUGACUGACAGCUGAUUCUGAGGAGAUCAGCUGAUGCUGUCAUCAGAAACAGGCGUCGCUUCAUGUGAGGCUCUGGAGGAUGGGACAUCGCACGUUUCUUAAAACAAAAUCCCUCAACCACUUUCUCUCCUCUCUUCAUUUCCUCGCAUCUCACCCGUGCAUCUCUGGUAGGUGGGACGAAGAUGCAAGUGAGGGAUACAAGUGUGAAACUUUAAAGCUUUGAAAUGCAGUCUCUGUGUUUCAUCUAUCCGGUGUUGCUUUAUUGUGUCUUUCACUGUGUCCUCUCCUCCCUGAACUCUGCCCGAGGCCUUUUUUUAACUUUUCUGCUCGAAAUGUUGGUGUCACAGUAAAGGAAAGAUUUGUGAGAUUUGUUGAGAUGUGUUAAUAUGAGUAUACGAGAUGUCAAAGUCCCCUAACUGAGGAACUUUGGGGCAACAAAGCUUAAAUGGAUAUUCCAGCGUAAAAAUUAAGUUAGGGUCGAACAAACCAUAACGUCGAGUUAGACACCCCGGCAAGAGAUGAAUGUUGCUGACUGCUUGCUUCUCUUGUUAUACCAACUUUAGUAACGGCCUCACGACAGCAAUACAGAGAGCCACACGCUCAACCAAAAAGCAAUAAUUACUUUAUCGUUUCCUCGAAGUAAUAAUCAUCAUAUUAAUCAUUUUGCACUGCAUAUGUAGUAGUUAUUCUGCCUCAGCGUCUCGGUCUGAUUGCAUUUCCAUGAGGAAAGGAUCAUAAAUGUUCUUCCUCAAGCUGCGUCACCCCGCAGCAGUCCAUCGUGGACUGGCCAGAGGUCUCGCUACAAACAAGUGGCAGCUGGACGAGAGUGGGUGAGUUGUGUUUCGUCUCUUUGCUAAGAAAAAUCAGGCAAAGCUAAAAAGAUGUUUGGUGGUUAGUGCUGUGGCUGGGACUCUACUUUUGAUGAAGUUAGGUGCUGUUCUGAGCAUUAUUUGUGGCUAUAGAGUGGCUUUUUGGUUGAGCACGUGGCUCUGUGUAUUGCUAUCGUGCAGUCGUUACUAAAGUUGGUAUCACUAUAGAAGCAAGCGGUCAGCAUCAUUCAUCUCUUGCUGGGGUGUCUAGCUCUGUGUCACGAUGUGUUUGACCCUAACUUAAUUUUUUGCCAGAAUAUCCAUUUAGGUUUUUUCCCCUUGUUGGACCUCUGUUUCUCAUGUAUUUAUUUAUUUAUUUUUGUGUGUGUGUGUGUUUGGACUUUAGUAAGCUUUGAUAAUCUUUUGCCUUUUUUUUGAUUGAUUUCUUUUUUAAUCUGCAAUAUUGGGACCACACCUUCACUUUAUUACUAUACAUAACAUCUAUGUUGCUAUGACUAUCAAAACUUGAUAAAUAUCCCUUAAGUAAACAAAUCAUGCAAGUGGUUUGCAAAAAGCUAUGAACAAUCAUGCAACAAAUCUGGACCAAAAGGUUUAUCAUAUGACAGUCUUAACAUCAACACAUACCUGUUCAACCUUUUAAGUUGUUUCUGCUCACCUGCUGUGUGAUGGCAAAGCCAAUGACGGGGUCUCCCUCUGGGAUGUCCCAUGUCACCACCGCAGAGUUUGCUUUCACCGCUUUGAUGGUCACAUUGACAGGAGGCAACAAGCUAUCUGCAAACAGGAAAGGAACAGCAGACAAGGGCAUGUUUACAUUUAUAAUGUCCAACAUUUUAGUUUCUCCAUUUCUCCAUUCAACAGUAACCAUUACGUGAAUGGUCUGAUAUUUGUUUUAAGGUUACUAGUUCUCAAAAAAGGGGAAUCUUUCAAACUCUGUCCAUGAACUAAGAUACUGACAUGUAAAUUUACAGAAAGAGUCAGAUUUAUAGGUUUAUUGGACCAAGUAAAUUCGUCAUAGAAUUAUUGCAUUACAUGCUAAACUGUGGCAUAACGCUGAUUGACAAUUACAUAACCACAAUACUUGGAAAAAAUAUCACAAAUGGUAUGAGUGGUAAUUAUAUUUACAUAGUUCCUUAUUUGAUCCUUUGUUCAUUCAAAGCAUUUGUACUGAUUUUUUUAUUAUUCAUAAGACUACCUUUUAGUUUUGUAAAUAUUAACUAUAGUGUGUGAAGUCUUAAUGGGGCCACAGGACAAACGAACCAAGGCACCAUUGUCAUACUGGGGAUCUUUUCCUAUUCCUCCUCAGGACAAAUUUCGAUUCGCUACUCGUCCUACAGCUUGAAGAGUUGUAGGACAAUUAUAUAUUAAAAUGUGCGGUUUGAUAGGGAUCAGUGUGCUAUUACUUUCACACAGAGCUAGCUCAGGGCAUAAGUGAACUAAGCGCCUGCUUAGGGCCCUACUGCAAGUAGGGGGCCCGCAAGAGCAAUUAAAAAUAAAAAAAAAUUAAAUAUUUUUUUUCUUAUGCAUGUAUGAGUGAUGCUUUCUCUAUGAUCAAAUAUACAUUAUUGUAAAUAUAAAAUAAAACAAAGUAAAAACAUUUUAGUGCUUCUGCUGAUGAAGGCCUAUGAUUCUUACUGCCGAUAUGUCAAAGCUCCGCUACCGUUAUGUGCCUCCUGUUGUGCAAUGUGCGCUGAGCAUUCAAAGUACAGGUAGUUGUGUCACAAAAAAGGACAUAUCCUUCAGAAGCAGAGAAAAGAAAGAGGAAAAAGAGAAAAAAAUGCCAAGAUAAAGGUAUGUUUGCAUGUCAUGGAAUGUUAAUCAGAUUUGUGAAGGUGAGUCAAUGAUCAACAAUCAAUAUCAUUGGAAGAAAUAGAGGGCCCCAAAAUCAAAUUUUGCUUAGGGCCCCACUGAGUCUUGGGCCGGCUCUGCUUUUACAUUGUGAAAAACUGCAGAUUUUUUUUUGCAUUGAAGUCAAUGGGACAAGCCAAAAAAAAGAGGAAAAAAUUCCAGUUUAAUUAUGAUUUUUUUUCAGAUGUUCCUCUAAAAGGGGGCGAUAUGACAAGACUGAAGUGCAGCCUACUUCGGUUCACCUCUGGGGCUCACUGUCAGACUGUAGAUAGCACAAGUGUGUAGUGUUUUAUUCUGUGAUAUAUGGGAGUUGCCUGUUGAGCUAGGCUAAUAGAUGCCAUAGUGCUUUGCACUAGCUGUUGCUGAACACUAGAAACCGAAUAAACAGCUCAAUAAAUGAGUACGAGUCAGUGGAUUUCAUGACAUGGUCCAUUUUGAAAACUUUACAGUACCUUUAUACCUUUAUUUUCAUAAGUGCAAAGCGAUGUAACUUGACAUUGUUUCUUUGUUGAAAGAUAAACCAGCACUUUCCCAUCAUGAACAACCAGCCAAGAUGGGCUCAGCACAGGGAGCUAACCAUCUUAUGAGAUUUCUCAAGGUAGGCUAUGUACCACUGGCUUUUCAUACCAACAAAUCAUUUGUUCUCCAGUUGUUAGGAGUUUUUGUAACAGGUUGAUGUGGGAAUGCAAUAAUUAAUCUUAAAUUUGUCAAGUAUGUUAUAUUCAUUAUGUGUCUAUGAAUCUGUUUAAUCCAAACUACAGGAAGGAGCCAGGCUCUCAAAAAUUGAUGCAAGACAUCUUCCAUCUUUACAUCGAGAGCAAAGGAAGAAGAUCCAGUGUUCUUCAUUUUGGUGGACCAAAGAGUGAUCCAAUGUGGUGCUCGGACAUCAGUAGUUGGAGCACUUGGACUAAUGCAUGAGUAUUUUUUAUUGUGAGGUACAAUUUAUAAGAGGAAAAAUACUUAAAAGGUCAAUAAUGAAAACUGUGUAAAAUUGUGCCUUUGAUCUAAAAUGCCAGAUUAUUUAAUCAGCCAAUCAUUGACAAGCGUAAGUGAUUGUCAGAAAUUUGAGGCUUUUUAAAAAAAUCUAAAAUCAUGUAAAGGUAUUCAGAGGAAUCAGACAGAAAGUAUAAAGUCUGCAAAAAAUGCAGAACCCCCGUUUAAAUCAUGCAUAUGCGCUCCUUUUUUUCACCUAUGGUCAUAACUUUAUUUUCAUACUUUUUUUAUACAAGAUGUUAUCCCCUAGCUUACCCUACCUUGGCACUGCUGUUCGUUUUAGUGGGGGUGUUGUCUGUUAAGCUGCAGUCAGCCUGGGCAGGUGACCUGCUGCAGCCAGGUGAACUCAGGUGUGGAGAGGGGGAGGGGAGAGAGGCAGAACAAUGGAGGAGCAGGAGGGAAAUGUUUGGAGGGAGAUUUCGCUGGAUCAGGAAAGGAACUUUGAGUUUUUGUGUGUCCAUCCAUUGUGUGGAGACCAAAAGCUUUUCAAGGGCUGCAGGAAAACCUCCACUGUGCCUAAACUUGGUCGCUGGUGGAAAGGGUGGCUGUGAGUGGUGGAACUGUCAGAGUUUGGCAGAGGAAGCAUUCCCAGGACUGGUGAGUCUUAACUAGUCAGAUUUUUUUUUUUUCUUUUGCAACACAUUGCUGUUGUUUUAUUAUUUUUUUUCUGGACUGUUAUGUUUUUGAGUUUUGGAGGACUAUUUUUGGACUCUUGUGGUUGGAUCGGGCCCACUAUCUUGGGAUUUUUUUUUCACCUUCUCCUUUGAAUAACUCAGACGCUAUACUGGGAGCUUAAUUAUUUGAAGGACACUCUUUUUUGUUGUUUGGAUUUUCUGCUGGGCAAAACCUAAUGAAUUUGUGUUGGAGAUCUUUGCUAGGGAUGACAAGAUUUGUGUUGAGUUUAAGUAUGUUCAUUUUAAAACCCAUGCAUAUAAAGGAGGUCUCUGUGGUGGUCUUUAGCUGCAGUUAGCUUACAGCUAACCACUAGCAUAAAGCUGGCAGGACUGCAAGCUUUCCCUCUCCUUUAGUGAACGGCUAAAAGACAGAGCUACCAGGAUUUUGUGCUGAUCUGGAGUUUGCCGCAGCAUGUGUGAGAGGAGACCUUGGCAUGUGGUCCUGUCAUUGUGAAAGGACACAGACUCAAACAAACUGCAUUGACGCUAAUAAACGAUCCCAGGAAGCAAAAGGAGACUUAAAAGCUCUGUUUUGAUUUGGCACUUUCUUCAUUCAAAGCUUUUGGAUCUGUAUCAACUACUUCAUUUGCCUUCUCACCUAAUACAUCUUUGUGUACUUUUUUAAGUGGCUCAACUAUCUUUUGGACUACAUACUACAGACAAUUGGUGCUAAGCUUCAUAUUCACAUACAAAAAAAAAUGUCUUGUCUCUGUUUUUUUUUCACCUCUGUCUAUCUCUCCCUUGCUUUAUUUCUGUGCUGCUACUGCACAUGGGCUUUUUGGCAGGUUUUUUAAUAGCCAGAUGUUUAAAGCUUAUUGCCUUCAAUGGGAAUCCUGGGUACAGGGAACAGAUGGUGGACGGUGAAAAGGGGAGGUAUAGCAGAGAUUUGACACCCUCCUCUGCUAUUCUGAUAUUGAUUGAUGAUAUCACACUGGGGAUCAAGUGAAUGUUGGCAAAUAUGAGGCUAAUAAAUGGAUGCUACUUAUUGUCUGUGCAUAAAUAUUGAUUUGAAACUCAUUUAGGAUGUCCUCUCCCACAUAGCGCCUUUUUGUGUGGGAGGAUGGCUCUAUGCAAGUGCUUUCUGCAUUUGUGAAAGUGGAACAGAGCCUGUGGCUUCUCUGCACUCCAUUUUCCCUUUAAAAGUUUAGGGCUCUCACACAAAUCAAAUCCAAGGGUUGUUCCGUUCACUUGUGUGUGAAUGUUUCUUUACUCACAGGAAAUGAAUUUCUAUCUCUUCUGGCCUCUAGAACCAAGUGAGGUUUAGAUUGUAAAACCCUUUUUUUCUGUCUUUCUUUCAUAAAAAUGCUGUAAUUACAUUUUAAAACAAUGCAGUUUGAUAGAGGGUAAUGAUUUCAAAUUAUUGCUUGAAAAAAAUUCUCUUGUUCUCUCACCUCUGAUUUACUAGAUUUUUUUUUCUCUAGUCCUCCAAGGCCAUUGAGGACUCUACAACCGUAGAGCCCACAGUUGGUGUCAGGAGGAUGGAUAUCAGAGGAAAGUGGAAGAGUAGAAGGCAAAUAAUACCCUCCCUCUGUCCUUCAUUCUUUCUGUCCUUUCUUGCUUUGUUUUUCUCCUCUGUAAACUAACACUAACAAUUCUCCCUUCACCCUAACUACAUACAGUCUCUGUGGAUAGAGGGACAGCAAAGCCUUUCUGCAAUGAUUACUCCCAGUGAAAUUAUCAAUGCAAUUGAAACGCACCCACUAAAAUGGCUUUUGGGAGAAAACGGGUGGGAGGAAGGGUGUAACCUGGGUGUUAGAGCCGUUUGCUAUAUUUUCUUUGGGUUUGUGUUUUGAAACAUAUUUCAGUUGUAAUCGUCCUGGUGCCACACCAGGUGGCGUGAAGUCUUGGGUUUUGUUUGUUAGAAAUAGAAGAAGACGCAAUUAGUGGCAGGUGUGUUGGUAGCUAGAGAAGCAGACAGUUUUUUGACCAUCUAUAUCUUUAUCAUCCUGUCGUCGACGUUUGUUGGAAUUUGCUUUGUCUUUAUUUUGCAUUUGGUUUCUUUUACAAAAGAAGAAUAAACAAGGAAAAUGUGACUUGGACUUGCCGUUUCAUUUACACGUGAGAAACAAUAGGCUUUCUUACACCUCAGUGGCUCUUUAGAUAAUUUCGGCAGGCGAAAUUAAGUCAUAACACAGGGUGCUUUGGGGGUGGAGGGUAGGCAUGAGAUGGGAGUGAUGAUGAUGUGGCAGGGUUGGAGGUGCGUGGAGUUGGUUAUCCUGACAAAGGGUUGGAGGUUGUUGUUAGUGGAAAUGUGAGGGUAGCCUGCCGAGGGUUGAUGCUUUCCUUUGUCUUUCUUUUUAUGCCAGCAAUUCUCCAUCUAUUUGAUGUCCCUCUCUACUCCAUGCUUCUUUUUAGUGAGUGUUUACUCAUAAAAAUACAUGCUGUGACCAACUACAGCUCAUGAGUAAGGUUGAAACCCACCCACUAACAACAACUUGCAGCAACAAACAAGCAUGCCCACCUGUUCCCAGUUUUAAGUAAUAAAUGCUUAUUUAUGUGGUAGCAUUCACAUUCAUACAAGCAUUACAAUAACCGUCAUCUCAGAUUGUGAGCAAUUUCUAUGGUAUGACAGCGCACCAAGGCCUGUCUGUUCCUAAAUCUUUGCACAGCAAGUGCCUGUUCAAAGAAACCUUAAGACAGCCAAGCAUGAUAGGAGUUUUCACCACAAAUCAACUACACACAACAGAUUACAUGUAGAAAUAUAACAUUUUGAGUUAUUGAUUUCACUGCAGUGUCAUAUGUACAAAACAAAAUGCCUCUGGUGACAGGUAGCACAGUCACAGAGACUAAAACAGGACCAUUAGUGCUUAUCUUUGUCAAACAAAACUUCUUGGAAAAAAUAACAGCAGACAUUUUUUGUCACAGGUAACGAUAACAAAAGUUGAUUCUAGUUUAAAAUGUGCAGGUAAACUCCUCAGGGGCCCCACGAGUGCUGCAGGCUGCAUAAAUUGAAAACACCAUAUGGAUCUCCCUGUCUACUGACCAGUGCAAGAAAACAAAAAACUAUUUUAAUAUUCUACCACAUCUCUAAUGCUUUAGUUUUACAAAGACCCGCUCAUGACGAUGCCUAUAAACAAAUCAGAUAACAGUUUUGUUUUGUUUUCUGGAGGAGAAGAGAAUGAUUGAUUUUAUAAACCCCAAUUCCAAUGAAGUAGGGACACUGUGAAAAACAUGAAUAAAACAGAAUAGUGAUUUGGAGUUCCUCUUUGACCUAUAUUCAAAUGAGCUCACGACAAAGGAAAGAUAUUCAGUGUUCAAACUGAUAGACUUUUUUUCGUUCACAUAAAGUUCUGCACAUCUGUAAACGAUCAUGAGGGAGACUGUACCAUGGUGAAUUUUUUAGAUAACUCUUAAUUUGUUCAAAUUAAGCCAAAUUAAAACAAAUUACUAAACGUCACUUCACAUAAGACCAAAUUUAAUAUUUACAGCAUGAGGUAUGUAAGUCAGAAGAACCAGGUUUGUGGGAUAUGCAUGAGUGAAGACAAUGUGUGUAAAUGUUGUAAAACACAAACCUAACCGAAGCUCAACCUAAUCUUACAUAACUAACUCAAAGGGUAGUAUACCUGUGGAGGCCAGGUCAAACUCAGAGAGAAUGAUGGUGUGACUGCAGGAGCUUAUAUAACCUCCUCAUUCUAAGCACAGGUAUGUGACAUUACCCUAAUCAAUGAGCUGCACUCACUGACUCAGGCUGGAGACACUCAGGCUGACAACACCAAAUAUCACACGUAAUAUGUCAUGGACAUCACACUUCGUAAUACUGAAAAGUACAUACAGGUUGGGGUCAGGUUGGGGUACCAGGCUGACCUGCCCACAGUCCAGACCUGUCUCUCUUUGUAAAUGUGUGGCAUAUAAUGAAGUGCAAAAUACGUCAGCAAAGACCCCAGACUGGUGAGCAACUUAAGUCGUAAAUCAUUUAAGAAUGAGAAAGAAUAUCGCCUCCAAAGCUUCAAUGUCCCAACUUGGAACUUUAGUUUGUGUUGUUUCGUAAGAACUCAUCUGGUUUAUGAAGCAAUGAGGACAAAAUAUCCCCAUGUUUAAAUGGCUAACACCGUUAUUAAAGCAGUUUAUAUUUUAAUUACCACAGUUAUUUAUCUCAACCUCAUACAAUGACAAUUUUGUUACAUCUCAGUGUCUAUCUAUAUCUGGAUAAUAUCUACUGCCAAAAAAGCUGAUGGCCCGAUUUAAUAAGUAGGACCCUAAAUUUUUCAGCUAUAAAAAAGAGGUAAGGGAACUAUUACACAGUAGUAGUUUAAGGAAAUAAACAACAGCAACUGUGCUUUAAACAAAAUACUUUGGUGUUCAUGAAAUUUUUUAAAUUUAUGUUCAGUUCUAGUUCAUGCAGGGAAACUCAGAUGCUCUGAAAACACUUUCUUCCUCAGGAUUUAACAGCUGUCUGUGUCUUUUGACUUUGUAUUGUUGUUUGUUUGUUUGUUUUUAUCAGCUGCUUAGAACAAAUAACACUGCAUACGCAUGACUUAGACUUUAAAAGUGAUGAAGCUGACCACAUAUGGUAAUCUCUGCGUGUCUGCAAAUGUAAAUGAUAUAUGCUCAUAUAUGCUAAGGCUUCAUAGCUCUUGCUAUGAACCACAUUGAUGGCAUUGGUACCAGGCUGUUUGAAACAUAUUGCCAGAAAAGAACAGAAGAAGUCAUAUGCUAACAAAUACUAAUCCAGACACUGGUGGGAAUGUAAGGAAACAGGUGAGCUUGAAGGUUUGCUGGCUGUCAGACAGAUUAAAGGAAAUUUACUUGGUAGCACAAACUUCGUGGUUGCGAGGAGACCCUUGGGAUCCCUGAUUAUACCUUUGUUGUAAAGGAGUCAGAUUUAAUACUCACUCACUAUGAUUAAUUGUGUUAAAGGCUUUGUUCAUAAUGAAUGAUUUGAUACUUAACACAUAUCAGGAAAUGUAGAAUCACAUCAAACAUUUCCAUUAUACUUUAUGUAUCACUUCUAUAAAGAGCACUGAUCAAAUUACUCUGAAAUCAAACAGAUAGUAACACAUAGAAACUGUGAACAUCAGAAGAAUAAACACAUAUUAAUGAACUUCAUGAUUAAUAAUGGAUUCUAUAUAUUUGCAUUUGGAUUAUUAAAUGACAUAAUAACCACCUAAUGGUUAAAAAUACUAUAUGAAUGGUUAAAACAUUUUAAAACCAUUUCUGUGAAUUAAAGUAAUGAUUCAUACUCAAUAAUUUCAACUCUUAAAAAUUCAUAACACUGUCUGGAAAGCUGCUGAUCUGAAGGAACUAAAGAAUACAGGAUUUAUUCUGUCAGAGUGAUAGUUUGGUUGUAACCUGAAAGUCCAAACAUUUCUGGAAAGAUUUAUAUGAUCCUGUGUCCAGGGACCAGAUACCCAAGAACCUUUCCUGUGAGGAAUGUGUGAGUUUCACACACAGGGUUGUCUUGAUGCUACAAUAGUUAGGAACAGGGGAAAAUUGCUUUAAGUGUUUUUUGGCCUUUUUAGAAUGAUUGUGUUAGAGAAGCGAUUUACAUUUUAAAUGGAAGCAUCUUCUCCCCUGUCUCAGAAUCAACUGACAGUUUAUGAGUCCAAAUAAACACAGACGCACUUAAAGAUGUCACUGUGGUGAAAAUUUAAUGGAGCUGUGGCACGCAUCCUCUCACUGCUGUCAGUUUCCCUCACUACCUCUAAAAUGAUCUUGCAUGGUUGUCCUUUUGCACUUUUUUAACUCCCAAGAUAAACUUGAGGACAAUAACUUGAAUGAGGCUGCAUUCAAUACACUUCAUUCAGGUUUAUUGUGUAAAUAUAUAGAAUCAUCAAGGUAUAUAAGUAGUUACUGAUCAUAAGGAGAAUUGCUUUUUUGAAGUCCAUUUGGUUGCGGCUCUAAACCUUCUGAUCAUUUCAUAUCUGUCAGUCAUUAAAUGUCCAUCAGUAGAUAAGCAGGUAUUCAGUCUGGGUAAUUGAUUCUUAUCACUUCUUAUCUAGUAUGGUUGGGGAUAUAAGUCAGUAUAAUUAUUGGUAAUAUUGUUGUGAGAUGUUUUAUGAGCAAAAGGUCCAGAACAGCUAUAAAUCGGACUUUAAAAUAUAUACCAAAACUUGUCAUUGAAUCCAUUGCUCACAUUCUUUCUUGAGAUUAUUUCAUUGAAGUGAACAGUAUUCGUACCAUGCAUUCAUGAAUUGUUCCUGCAAUAUUCAUCUUAUCAAUGGUUAAAACUGAAAGGGUAAUAAUGAUCUCUCUGUCUUGUAUUGUUGUGAGUUACAAUUUCAUCCUGAUAAGAACAGCAGUACUGAAAAAACUCUUAAAUAGCUUAAAGGAGCAGCUGGUGAGAACAAAUCAUAGACAUUCAUUAUAAAUAUAUGUCUGCCAGUGCACACUUAACUCAAAGCUAAAGCUUCUGUGAACACAGCUACAGCAGUACAAUACAGUCCUAACUGUAUGCCUAAUUACAACAUCUGAAAACACAUUUUAAUGCAAAAUCAGCA